AUGGGGGCUAUGCGCAUCCGGGAGACGUACCUCAGGGGGGACAGACUGCUGGUAAGCAUGAAAGACACGCUCCUAGGGGAAGGAGGAGGAGAAGAGGGAGAGGGGUGCUCGUUCCAGGCUACAGGUGGAGGCGAGGACAGCCGGAAGCACAACAAGCGGCGUUGCAGCUACGUCUGCCCCACGGCCGACUUCCUCCACUGCUACCUCGAGCUCUUCGAUCGGCCGAAUUUCUCGGCCUGUUUUCAACGCGACGGGGGCAGCGGCGCCGCCGCCGCCCCCGCCGCCGGUACUAGCAACGCAGCACACCCACCAGCGGCCGGCGCGACAGGCGGCGGUGCAAGCGGCCAAGAGCGGCCUCCUCGUUGCUGUCUGCUGCUGCUGCACUCGGAGCUGAGCAAACUCACCGGGGCUACCGGGGCGCUGUCGAUGAAGCAGGAGAGACGCCUUUCCCAGCUCGCCCGCUCGCUUCCGGGCACAAUGGUCUUCUUCGACAAGUUUUGCCCGGACCUUCACGGCGCUAGCGCCGGCGCCACCGCCGGCGCCACAGACCCAGGCGAGAGAAGCCCCUCCGAGGCGCUUGCUGUUGGUGGUCAUGCUCGGAUGGGAGGAACGGGCGCGGCGGGAGGGGGUGGGGCGGGGCUGCCGAGGGUGCUCGGGCUGAGGGAGUUCUUGCGGGGGUAUGUGGGGGGCGACGCGGAGGAGGAGCUGGCGAGGCGCGGCGAUCUGCUUCGACGGGCCCACCUCUCUUGCAAGGCCGCCACGACGUCAUCGUCUAAGGCCGGGGGGGGUGGCGCAACUGGGACGGCGACAACGUCGUCCCCCCUGCAAAAGCCGCACCCGUCGAAGACCCAGCUGGAGGCUCUCGUCGCCAGCGGCGCUGCGUCGAAGGGAAGGCUCGACGUUUUCGAGCACAACCCCAAGGAAGGGGUCGUCGUGGUUGGUGCGGGCGGGGGGGCUGCUUUGGACGGGUGGACGGAUGCCUCCGGCCGGGCCAAGGUUUUGGUCGCCGGGAGGGAGGGCAUGAACAGGUCGAUGCACGGGGACACCGUAGCUGUCACGCUGCUGCCCAGGAGAAGAUGGCGCGCGCCUACGGAUCGCAAGCGGCUCACGCACGCGGCGGAGGAAGAGGAAGACAUCCCGCUGGAGGAGUUCCAAGACGCCGAGGGGGCGGGGGACGGAGGCGAAGCACCCCCGGGGGCUAUGCCAACAGGGUUUGUGGUCGGCGUUCUGGAGGAGGGGAGGCGACCGUACGUGGUGACCAUUCCGUCCGAGGAGACGACGGGGCAGGGGGGCACGGCCACCGUGGCGGCGGUCCCGAUGGAUCCGAGGGUGCCCAAGAUCAGGAUCAAGACCCGACAGCUCGCUCAAAUCAGCGGGCAGCGCCUGGUGGUGAUGGUGGACGGCUGGGACGUGGGGCACGUGUUUCCCUUCGGGCACUAUGUCACGUCGCUCGGGCCGGUGGGCGAGGUUUCGAGCGAGGCCGCGGCGUUGCUAGUGGAGUGCGAGGCGUCCUUCCAGCCCUUCAGCUUCAACGCCCUGGCCUCCCUGCCUCUCGUGCCCAACCCACCCAAAGAGUCUCAAAAGCCGAGGGAUGCUCUCCUGCCCCCCGCCACUCUGGCGGAGCGCGAGCGGCCGGAAGACGGAUUCGGGAAGGCCCCACGGUGGCAAGACUCCGGGUGGCGAGUCCAGGAGUCGGACGUUGCCGGAAGGCGCGACCUGAGGAAGGAGAGGGCCAUGAGCGUCGAUCCCCCCGGGUGUCAAGACAUCGACGACGCCAUGCACGUCAAGAGGAAGCCCAACGGGAAGCUGGAGAUCGGCGUCCACAUCGCCGACGUGACGCGAUUCGUCGAGGCCGACAGUCCCCUCGACAGGGAAGCGAGGGCCCGGGCCACGACAGUCUACCUGGUGCACAGGCGGAUCGACAUGCUCCCGGCCCUCCUCUCCUCAGAUCUGUGCUCCCUCCACGCCGGGGAGGACCGGCUGUCGGUGUCGGUGGUGUGGGAGGCGGAGGAGGACGGGGACGAGGACAUCCGCCUCUGCAAGGGGGCCGAUGGAUCCCCCGUGUGCUGGUUUGGGAGAACGGUCAUCCACUCCAAGGCCUCCAUGACCUACGACCAGGCGCAAAUGCUGGUGGAGGACGGCCGGAUCGAGAAGAAGAAGGGGCACGAGGAACCACCCUCGGGGCAAGCAGGAAGAGACGUCCGAGAAGGCCUGCAGCCCGGGCUGGCCCACGACCUGCGACUUCUCACGCGCUUCGCGAGGACUGCGAGAGCAGAACGGGUUAGGAAUGGAGCGAUAGACCUAUCCCAGGCGGGGGCGGAGCUCAAGUUCAAAAUCGACCCCGUGACAGGCACGCCUCUCGCCGUCGCCGGGAAAGAGGACUCCGAGAUCCACCACACCAUCGCCGAGCUCAUGAUCCUGGCCAACAGCGCCGUUGCGGAGAAGAUCCAGGGGGCUUUCCCGUCCCAGGCGCUGGUCCGCGUGCACGCCUCCCCGGACCCGUCCCGGCUCACGGCCUUCGAAGGCGUGGCGGCCAAGGUGGGCGUGAACAGCACCAGCGAGAGCAGCGGCAAGCCCAACAGCAGUGCGGGAGGGCUGUCGCAGAGCUUGGCCACCGUGGAGGGCGGCGCCCUGCGGGGGCAGGGGGAGGGGGGCAAGAGCAAGGCCGGCCUGCUCAAGUCCCUGGCGGUGCGAGCCAUGUCUGAGGCCGAGUACGUCUCGACCGGCACCCUCUCCGACCACCAGGCGCACGGGAAAGGCCUGGAGGCACAGGAGGAGAGCCGGUUCGGGCACUUCGGGCUCGGGCUGUCGCACUACACCCACUUCACCAGUCCCAUCAGGAGAUACGCCGACAUCGUCGUGCACCGGCUAUUGCUCGCGUCCCUCGGGGUCUCCGUAACGCAGGCGUCCAACGCAACACACCACACCACAAAACCCCCGCCGCGUCUCCCGAGCGGGGACGGUUUCAACGCACCCCCCGCCGCCAACCGAGGAGACGACGAUGAAGGCGUUCUCGCCCUUCCCUCUUCUCUGGCGCCGUCCGUGAUGGAGAUGGAAGAGGCCGCCGUUGGCAUGGUGGAGGCGGAUGCCGCUGCAGAGAGGCGGCCGCGAAGAGCGGGGGCGGGAGACGCCUCUUUCGUGAUCAACCCGGACGGGACGCGGACGUACUCCAAGGCGAGCGGCCUGGCCGGCGUCAGCAGCACCAGACACUUUCCAAUUGUUGUCGUCUACCUUGCGCCAACACCAGUGCCAACACCAGUACCAGCAGCACCAGACACUUUCCAAUUUUUGCCGUCUACCUUGUACCAACACCAGUGCCAACACCAGUACCAGCAGCACCAGACACUUUUCCAAUUUUUGCCGUCUACCUUGCACCAACACCAGUGCCAACACCAGUACCAGCAGCGCCAGGGCAGUGCAUCUCUUCGUGCAGCCGGCAAAUAA